CCGCGAACCACGAAGCAACGGAGCUGUGCCGAAUUUUUUUCUGAAUUCAGAAAAGUCCGUUGAAUCUAUAUAUUUGAUAUAUUUGCAAAAAAAAAUUCAAAUCAAAUAUAUAUAUAUCAUGAAACAACGGAAGCCGCGCGCGUCGUAUCGUCGAAGUUUUAAUUAAAAGUUGUGUCCGGAGCGCGAAAAAGGAUUUGUGUUUACGCAAAAAUAGUUAAAUAUCGCAACAAGAAAUUUGCAUUUUCAUCUUGCGCAAAAACAACACAGACACAAAAAUGCUGACACCGAUGAGGCCGGCGGUGGGUUGAUUGGGGGCUGACAACAACCAACGACAACAAUAUCCACAACAUCCACAGAAGCAGCAACAGCGUCCACACUGCUGCUACUGCUACUGCUGUUGCCUGCCUGCCACGCUUCAGUGCAAGACACACAAACAGAAGUGGAAGGAAGUGCUGAAGGAGAAGGAGGUGCAUCUGUAGGAAGCUUCGAAUAUCAAACACCUCGAAAACAAUGAGAAAUGUUUGGAGAGGAGUCUACCUAGACUGCCUCUAGGUGUUGACCAGGCUUAAAUCACACAACAAAAGAGAGAUAAAAAAAAAAACAGGUGGCACAGGAGACUGAAAUCCAAGGACACAAAGAAAACAUCCUCGAGCUGCACAAGCAAAAGUUGCAGUAUGGAAAAGCCCAUGCACCAUGCCCCCACGCCGGCUGCCGUGGGUAAGGUGAGCCAAAUCGCGAACAUCUUCCAGCGGAAACCCAUCGAGAUCCAGCCGGUGGAGCAGCUGACAGCCGUGGCAGCCGCACAUGCAGCAGCAACAGCUGGCGGUGGCGGCGGCGCUCCAUCCCAUUCGGCGAGAUUCAACAAUGCCAGAGCACUCUUCGAGAAGCUUGGCGUCGAGUCCAAUUCGAAUGUGAGCUCCAGGCUGCUGAGAAGCGGUUCCCGGGAGGAUAAUCUGUGCGACGGUUCGGAUAGGUCGUCGUCCCGCUCUUCGGAUCGUUCGCAGUCGCCGCCCAAGCGACGCACGCCCUUCCCCUCGGGCGUGUCGCUCAUUCACAACAAUAACAACGCCUCGGUGGCAGCACAGAACGGAUCGCCAGAGCAGCGGCUGAGCAACAGCAAGUUUAUAGUGGAGCCAUCGUCCCAGACGCCACCCACAUCGGUGGUGAAGUAUCCGCAGCACAAUAUCUCGCGCCUGAAGGCCAGCGGCGGCGGCGGCGGCGGCGGCGGUAGCGAGGAGGUGACCCCGCCACCAGGAACUGGAGGAUCUGUGAGUGCACUCUUCGCCAGCUCCGGGGGCGAUAAGCCGGAGAAGCCAGAGCGGAAGUUCAAUUCGCGGGAGCUCAUCGAGAAGCAGAAAAAGUGGACAUCGCACUUCACCAAAACAAAGACGACGCGCACCCACAGCGAUCUGAAUCGGUGCGACAUCAUACGCACGGUCCCGGGAACCGGGCUGAUCAUGGACAGUGGGGAGAAGGCCACGACCAAGCCGGCCAUGGAGCCGCCGCCGAAUGCCAGUCCCAAUCCGCCCAUGCGGCAUGCCCCCAAUCAAACGCCGCCGGAGAUUAAGCCGCGGAGCGGAAAGAUUGGGAGUCCUGUGAAGUCGCCGCCACUGCCGCCCAUUCCGGCGGUGAAGCCAAAGAAUGUCAGUCCGGUGAAAUUCAAUCCGGAGCGGGUGCGCUCGUCGCCCACAAAGAUAGCUGUGGAGCCGUCGCCCCCACCGCCGCCCGCCAAGUCAGCGGCCGUGACGGCGGCCAUGCAGCGAUCCCUGCUCCAGGAGCAGCAGCAACAGAAUAUCCAGGCGGCACCCAUACCGCCCGAGAAGCCGCGCAAGAAGUCCAUCGAUCUGAUUGAGGAUCAGACGGCCAACCUCACCAACUGCUCCACGCCCUCCUCCUGCACGUCGCCCACCAGCAGCGCCUCGAACAGCGCCUACAUCAUGCAGGCGGCCAAGCGGGGCUCCCUGGAUGCGGCAGUCACAGGCCACGGCAACGGUCUCAGUGGCAGCACCAAUUCGGCGGCCUCCUGCUCGCCGGUGGCCAGCGCCUCCUCGGGCCCCUCCUCCCCCGUACACACGGAGGAUGAGAAGCAGGAGAACGAGUCCACAGAGAAGUCGGAACUGAUGGAGCACUAUCAUAACAAUAAUUACAACAGUGUUCCAAGGCGGCGGCGCAGCGAAAUUGAAGGUCGCAAAUCUGUGGAUGAAUCAACGGCCGUCUCGCAACAACAGCAACAGCAACAGCAACAACAUUCCAGCAACAACUCUUCGCCCCAGCGUGUGGCCAACAAACGGAGCAGCAUUAUCCUUCAAAUGCCAGCCGCUGGUCUCGGACAGCGUCCCCCCAGCAUCAUCUCGACGGCCAGCAACCAGGAUGAUGGGGAACUGAAGGCCAAAGGACUCCAGGGCGAGUCACAGGAAGAGCAGCAGCAGCAGCCCCACAGCCUGCACUACGUGGAUGUGGGCUAUCGCCUCAAUCCCGAUGGCAGCGAGACUCGGGAGGUCUACGGAUCCGAGGCAGAGCUCUAUGACACCGCAAAGGUCACGGAUAUGCAGCGCAAGUUUCAUGGCGCCAAUGGCUUUGCCCAGGAGACGAGCACUGUCUAUGCGAUCAUCAAGACGGAUCUCCAGGAGGGGACACCAGCGGCACCACCACGCGGCCUGCUGCAGUCACCCUCUGCCGAUGGAUCUCCGUUGCAUCGCGUGGCAUACAACUCGCCGCCAGUGGGCGUGGUGUCGCCCAUAAGGCGCAGGAAUAACCAGGAGCACAGCGGUGGUGGUGGAGGGGGAGGCAGUGCCAAAUCCACGCCUCCCAUUUCGCCCGCACGCACCGCAUUGGUCAAGGGGAUUGCGCCCAUUGCCUCCAUCGAUGCGCACGAAGAGGAGGAUGAACUGGAUCUCGACGAAGGGGAGGAGGAGGAGGAUGAUGAUGAGCACCUGACUGUGGAGUAUGUGGAGGUGCUGGAGAUGCACAAACAGCAGGAGGAGGCGGCACCUGUUCUGCCGGAGCGACGGGCACCCGCACAUGGCGGUGGCAUUUCCCUGGAGAUGCAGGAGGACCUGGAGUACGCGGACACCAGUGCCGGCGAGGAUGAGGAGGAUAUACUCAAUCAUUUGGGAAUGAUGCCUGGCAACGAUAGCCUCGAUAGUGUCGAACUGAUGGACGAUGUGGUCGAUGAGGUGAUCAAAGUGCAUGUCAAUCACAGUGUGGCCGCAGCCAUUCCUCCCUCUUCGUCUGCUGCUGUUGCUGCUGCUACUGCUACUGUGGCACCUGCUGCUGCUCCAGUGGCACCUGCUGCUGCUCCAGUGGAACCAGCUGCUGCUGCUGCUGCCAUUCCUCGAGAGGAUAGCCUGCCCGAUGACAUGACCGCCGCCGAGGCCGAACGAUUGUUGAGCUCAAGCAUUUUGGAAAGCAAAAUCAGACAACAAUCGCUGCUCUCCGACGAGCAGGCAAAGGAAGUCGAACAAAUACUCAACGCUGCUGCACCCAGUGUGGGUGUGGGUGUGGCCGUUGCUGCCGUUGUUGCCACAGCAACAUCGCCGACCAGCAUCAAGAAUCUCAUCGAGGAACCAUUGCAAUCAGUAGCCAACGGGGAACAGCAACAGGAUAUACAAAUUGCAGCUGUCCCUGCGAUUGUUGAAGAGGAGGAGGAGCCGCCCUACGAGGAAGAGGACGCGCAGGAGCAGCAUACCCGCUACGAGCGGGAGCGGGAGCAGGAGGAGGAGGACGAGCCCUACGAGAUAUACGACGCCGAUGCCAAUGGCGAUGGGGAGGAGGACUCUGAUGACGUUGAAGCCGUGGACAUUGUCGGUUAUGGCCAGGCCUCUGCUGCACUGAAUGCCACCUUCAUCAAGGCGGACAGCACAGAGACAGAAACCACAACGACCACACCAUCGACGGCCACCACAGCCACCGCCAACACACGGCACGACAACGACGACGAGCCCGAGUGGCUAAGGGAUGUGCUCGAGGCGCCCAAAAGGAGUCUAGAGAAUCUAUUAAUCACCUCCGUGGGUGCGGCAGUGGGUCGUGAGCGGGAGCGGGAGGCUGCUGAUCUAGAGAACGGCUACAAACAUUCCGAUCUGAAUCACACCUAUGUGACAUCGGGCGGAGAGUCCCUGCACGAGUCGAUUGUAUCGGUGGAGUCCACCCAAUCGGAUGCGACGCUCAAUCAGACGACCACCAUCGAUGACAGCAUCAUCUCCAGCAAACACAAUUCCACGUACUCGCUGGACCAAGCCGAGCCUGCCACAAAUUCAACCGUUCUGAGCACUGGCAUAACAGAACUCGACGACAGUCAGUACUACAUACCGGAAUAUCCACCUGUGCGCAGCAAGGAGGUGCUCGUCGAAGCGGGUGUCCAUUAUUUCGAAGAUGGCAACUUUUGGAUGGAAGUUCCAGGUCUCCUAGACUUUGAUGACGACGAUUGCUCCUAUCCGCCGAUUACUGUGCGCAAGAAUCCGAAAGUACGCUUCAGCUCUGGCCCCAUCCAUGUGUAUUCCACAUUCUCGGUGAACGACUACGAUCGCAGGAAUGAAGAUGUUGAUCCUGUGGCCGCUUCGGCGGAAUAUGAGCUGGAGAAGCGUGUGGAGAAGAUGCAUGUCUUCCCCGUGGAAUUGAUGAAAGGUCCCGAGGGUUUGGGUCUCAGCAUAAUUGGCAUGGGCGUUGGCGCCGAUGCGGGUCUUGAGAAAUUGGGCAUCUUUGUGAAAACUAUAACCGAUAACGGAGCAGCAGCCAGAGACGGACGCAUUCAGGUCAACGAUCAGAUAAUUGAAGUGGACGGCAAGAGUCUUGUGGGCGUUACACAGGCAUAUGCAGCCUCUGUUCUACGGAAUACUUCCGGUCUAGUCAAAUUCCAAAUUGGACGCGAACGCGAUCCUGAAAACUCUGAGGUAGCACAGCUCAUACGACUGAGUUUGCAGGCCGAUCGCGAGAAAGAGGAGCGCUUAAAGCGCUCUCUGUUUUACAGCCAACAAGAGGAGUACCUUCGGCGCACACUCGACUACUCCGAGGACUCCACGCAGCCCGUGUCUGCGAAUUCAAGUGUGUGCGAGGGGCCCUCGAGUCCCGUUCAAGUGGAGCAUCCCAUGGAGGUGGAGGCCACGCACUCGCAGGAGGUAGAGUCGCUCAAGCGGCUGCUACAGGAGAGCGAAAUGGGUUGCCUGGUAAAGGAAGAGAUUAUACAGAAUCUUAAACGAAAGCUCGUAAAGCUCGAGACGACGGGCAAUGAGAAUGAGCUGCUGAGCGAAAGGUUGCGCCAGAGCGAGCGAGAGCUGGGCAACAUCCGCAAGGAGGCCGCCAAUCUGCAGAAUAUGCUGCAGCAGUCGCAGGGCCAGUACAUGGCGUUGGACAAGAAAUACAACAAGGCGAAGCGGCUGGUGCGGGAGUACCAGCAGCGUGAGCUGGACACGUGCCAUCGCGAGGAGUUCUACCAGCAGCUGAUGCGCGAGAAUGACAACGAGUACAAUGCGCUGGUGAAGAAGCUCAAGGAUCGGGUGAUCAACCUGGAGCACGAGCUGCAGGAGACGCAGCGCAAGGCCGGUUUCCCCGUGGGCCUGCCCUACGACAGUGCCACAUUAAAGCUCACUCCUCAAAUGAUGCGCAAGGCACCGCCAAAGCCGCUCUUCCACAAGCUCGAAACGGAGCUCUCGGACACCGAGAUCUCUGAUCUCUCGCCGGAUGGGGAUGGCGUGAAGACGGCCACCGUGGAGCGCAAGGUCCCUGUCAAGGAUGAGUUGGACGCGGCCGUGCCGCAGCACGAGCUGCUCGAUAACUCUGUGAACAAGAUGAAGAUCGAUCUGGCCUCCCGUGGUGGUCUAGCGAAUCGCCAGCUGCCAUCGGCGAAUGGAGCGAACGGGAACGGCAUCGGAAACAGCAACAGCAGCGGCACUGCUGAUCUCGGCCAGCUCUCGAAUGGGAACCUGAUGAAGCGCAGCCGCAGCAACAGCCGCAGCUCCGAUUGCACCCUGGACGACACCGAUGACGACGAGGUGGAGGAUGAAGAGGAGGCCGAGGGCUCGGCCCUCAAUCUGGCCGGAGCCAUCACAUCCUCCGUCCAUGACACCACCAUCACCAGUCUCUCCAACGGCAACGCCCAUCUGCUGGCCAAUGUCAACAAUCUGCUGCAGCAUCAUCCGCCCGCCAUGGCCGCUGUGACGACGACUGCAGUCGCCUCGUCCAAUGGGCAUUUGGGCACCACCACAGCCAUACUCCUGAACUCCACAUCGUCCUCGUCCAGCUCCUCGAACCAGUCGACGACGCGCGAGGCGCAGAUCAAUCAGCUGUACGCACAGGUGCACAAGGAUCCCAGCAAGCAGCAGCAACAGCAGCAGCAGGCGAUCGUCACGAGUGUCCCCGUCUCGGGCAGCAUUCCCAGCAUCUUCAAGAAUGCACUCGGAUCUCCGGCGGACAAUGGCGGGGGCCUGGGACUCAAUGACUUCCAUCGCGGCAGCAUGACGACAUUCGGCACGGGGCCCGCGAGCAGCAGCAGCAAUCGUGAUCUCAACAGCUCGUACGACUCGAUACUGGGCUCCAACGACAAGCUCUCGGAGAACGAACCGGCGGAGAACUGGAUGUAUCCGAGUCGAAGGCGGGUGGCGCCCAAUGGAGGAGGGAGCAAGGUGCCGCUGCCGGGGGCAAGCUUCACCGAUCAGCUCAAUCAGGCGUUGACCGAUCGCGAGAGGCGUCUCGGCGAUGGAUCCUCGCGACAUUCCAGCGACGAUUACACGGAGAUAAACAAGAGUCAGAGCGCAUCAUUGGCGGCCAUCAACUGCAAGACGCUGAUCAACGAGAUCCGCCAGGCGGUGAACGAAGCACAGCCCAAAGUUAAACAAGUUGUUCCACAAUCACUCUCCCCGCCCGGCACAGUGCCCUGGCAACAGCAGCACCACCAACAGCAACAGCAGCAGCAACAGCAGCAGCAGCAGCUGCAACAUCAGCAGUCACUGCAGCAGCUCCCGCAAUCGGCACAUGCCACUGGACCUCCCUCGCCCACCAGCAUGUCAUCGGGCUGCUCCUCGCCUGGUUAUUCCCCCAGCCGCACCCUGGAUCUGUCUGGUUCCAGUUCCAGUUUCUCUGAUCGCAAAGUGGCAGCCGCUGGAUACAAUUACAAGGGUGGACCGGUUCACGAAUGGACCAAAGAUCAGGUGGGGCACUGGCUGAUGGGCAUCGAGCUAGAGCGGUAUAUACCCGUCUUUAAGGAGCACAAUGUGGAGGGCGGAGCACUGCUCACCCUCGACUCGAAGGACUUCAAGACGCUGGGUGUGUGCGGCGAUGACAAGCACAGGCUGAAGAAGCGCUUGAAGGAUCUGAAGGCGAACAUCGAGAAGGAGCGCAAGGACAUGGAGCGAGAGCGUCGCGAGCGCGAGAAGGCCAUUCGCAAGGCCGAGAAGAAGCUGGCCAAAAAGAAGUAGUAGUUGAAUUCUCUAGUUGAAUAAGCAUCAAAAAAGUAGCCAAAAACCAAAAGCAUACGCAGUAUAUAUGUAUGUAUGUAUGUAUUCUAUGCAUACACACACAACACAUACAAACACACAACACACACACACACAAUACACGCGUAUAUAUCCAACAGUUAUAUAUACGAUACGAUAAUAUAAUUUAUUUGUACAACACACAUACAUAUACAAUACAUCUAUUAUACAUAUGUAUUACAUUUUAAACCUAUCGAAACCUAAUGGAAUUUAGUCGUAAUUUAUUCUAAAAGAAACGUAUAUGAAAAAGGAAGGCAGCCUGGUGGCGUGUCAGGAGCGAUAGGAGAGUAGCAGAACAGGCAGGCAAGGCAACCCAUUUCCCAAAGGGUCCAAACCACCAAACCACCAGAUAAAAUGCACUCGAACAUCCUUCAGACAACCAAGAAAUCACAACCAAAAGAAGAAGCUAAGUAACACUAACUAAACAAAAUGGCGUUGGACUGACUGAUUUUUAUGAUUAAUUUACAUACAAAAAACAAAACAACAAAACAAAAAACAAAAGUAAUUCGUUUUUUAAAAGCCAACCAAAAACCAAAAAAAUGAAUAAUUUUUGAAUUGAAUGCAAAAACGAAAUGCAAACAAGAGAUAAGGAAUUCGCUGAACAGACUUGAAACGAAACGUGGCACAACAGCCAGCUUCAAAUAAAAGUACGAUAAUGAUUAAUGAUAUAUAAUUAAUUAUAGCUCU